AUGGCCGCCAAUAUACCAGGCCCGCUCAAGACCGCCGACAUUGCACGCUUUGCCAUGCGGUCGGCGCAACUGGCCAAUGUAGACGCCGUAAUGACCUACUGGUGUAGGUGCGACUACUAUAUUGUCAAUCAGAUACUAUCAAAAGGCCUGCACACGGCGGAUGACGAAUCCAUGGCCUAUACCACCGCUCUCAUGGACAAGCUUGAGCAGAUCAAAGCCCAACACCCCAGCAACGACGCAAUACUGGAUGAUGUAGCGGCGAAGGCGUAUGUGGAGCAGUUCGCUCUCAAGACCUUUGACCGCGCCGAUAACGCUGUGCGGGCAAAUAAGGCUUCAGCACAAACCGCAGAUACUUUCCGAGCAGCAGCGACUUUCCUCGACCUCCUCGGCACAUGGGGGCCGCUCGACCCCGAGAUCAGCGCAAAGUCCAAAUUCGCAAAAUACCACGCCCUGCGCAUCGCCAAAGCGAUUAAAGCCGGCGAGGACCCCAACCUCUCGAACCCCGUGCAGGAACCGCCCCCUCAAGAGGCCGUGGCACCGGCCCUGGACCCAAACGACCCGGAAGUCCAGCGCAUAAACGGUGCCACCUCCGCUCAACGCCCGUUAGAAGACUCAGCUCCGCCUCUCUCCCUACCAUCGCCACCUCUUCCCGACGCUCCAGCAACCGUGCCAUCGCCAGCAACUCACCAACCCCCCAAUGGCCCACUCUCCCAAGCCGGCGACGUUUCCCCACUAGCGCCCACCCCAGAUAGCAGAAAGGGCUCCGUAGGCGGCGGCUACUUCCCCCGCCUACCGGCGACCUUCGCAUCCGAGACCGCGCCACCUGCACUCCCGACCGCUCCCGCCGACGAUGUAUCCAUGACCGAGGAUCCUCCCCAAUUCAUAGACCCAGAUCCGUCGAGCUUCUACAGCCAGCAGAAUCAGCAACAUCCGCCGCCGCCGCCGCCGCCGCCUCAAACACAGCCACCACAAGUCCACGCUCCCGCAGCAGCGGCAUGGCCGCCCGCACGACAACAACAACCACCUGCGCCGGAGCCGAUGGUGAGCCACGAUGUAGGCACGGCAGGGGCAUACAGGACCGACGACGAGGCGAUCGCGAGCGCGGCCAAGCAUGCUAAAUGGGCUGUUUCGGCGCUCAAUUUCGAGGACGUGGAUACGGCGGUCAAGGAGCUGAGGAUCGCGUUGAGGAGUUUGGGCGCGAGCUGA